UGUCAAGAUAUACAAACUGUCAAAACUAACAAAAUUAAAAGAAACGAAUAAAUAUUUGAAAUGUAAGCAAAUGGCCAGACCGAUACCAAGCAUACACCCCAGAGACUUAACGCACUUCGACGAAAUCAAGCCCAGGGCGAGCAAAUCUCUCGUCAACCUCGCGAUAGACACCAUCAAGGACAAAUCAUCAAAGAACUUGGUGCUAGGUACCGUGACGGGCUGGGCGACUGGUGCCAGUUUUGUGCGCGUUGGUAAGAUAGCUGCUUUCGGCUUGGGAGGCGGGGUGCUCCUCCUGCAUUUCGCGACAGAGUUGGGCUACAUCCAAGUAAAUUGGGAGAGGAUCCGCGAAGCCGCCGCGGAGAGCCAGGCGUGCGUCGAAUGCUUCUUGCAGUUUGUUAAAAAGAACAGCUGCUUUACAGUGGGAUUCAUUGGCGGGUUCUGCUUUGGUGUCGCGUCUUCUUGA